AUGAAUUUACCCACGGUACUGCUGCAGGUUGAGGAGGCUUGUGCUGAUAUGCAGGUUCCGAGCACUCGGCAUGCUGGAGAACAAGUCAUGUUAAGCUUCAAGCAAAUGUCUGGAAACUUGGAGGCGUGUCAAUAUGUAUUGGUUUCAUAUGGCAUCAGCGGUGAAGGAUUCGGUGAUUCGGGAUUACGCAUUCUACUCGAAAGACUAUUUAUUAAAUCUGAAGAACUGGCUUCAUUCGUUUAUGCGAAACAAUUUUAUAGAAUGAUGCCGUAUGUUCAGAAUCAGAUUCUUCACACGGUUUCCGUGAUGAUAAAACGCGGCCUCGAAGAUUAUCAUGAUGCUGAAAAACAUUCGAUUUUAACCGAUAUCAAGUCAACGGACGGACACAGCCAAUUGGUUGGCGUGGGAUUGGCUAAUGCGCUGGUGGAUGAAUUCUCCUCUACCAAAGCGAGCAACGUUGGACUUCCUUGGAAUUUUCAUAAGAAAUGCAAAGAUUUUUUUGAAGCCACAUAUCUACUUCCCAUAUUUGAUCACGUUCUCCGGAUCUUGCAUCAGCGAUUACAAAUGCACACCACAAAUGGCAUACAAUAUUCACAACCUUAUGCCAACGGCCAUCAGAUUGGCGUGGCCACGUCUAUUCCUCAUCAUGAUCUAAGUCAUGACUCACUUUUGGCAAUGUCGCUUAACCUGGCGGAAAAGAUUUUAUGUUGGGACUUUGUCAGCAACAAUGAGUCUCUGUUAGCUGGCACCUUUUCGAAAGAUGAGAAUGAUAUCAUAGAGGACGAGUUGUUCAUCACAACCAGAACACGCGAAUUUCCUGCUAGCUGGAGGGGACAUAUGAUGCACGACGAAGUUUUAAGAUUGUUUUUUAGGCUAUAUAAAGCCGUACAGAAGAACGAGCAGUUGGCUAAUCGUUGCAGACAAUGCUUGAUUCAAAUUUCGGGUUUGCAUGGCGUGAUCUUUGAGUCAGAACAACAAAUCAUUGAUUAUGUUGUCAUAAUGAAACACGAAAUAUUGGAGCUUAUUAACAACCUCUCAAGUAAUAUAACGGAGAGACUUGCGUCAGCCGAAUAUGGUCCGAGUCUUCUCGGUAUUUCACAGAUGACGCGAAGGCUCCUGUGUACUAUUUCUUUACCGACGCUAUGUAAAGUACCCGAUUUCUCAAAUUUUCUUCAUGAGAUUGCCCAAUUAAGCGCAACUUGCUUGAGGGAAAGUGCGAUGGUUAAAGAUGGUUACGGAUACCUAAUCGAGGAUAGCACCUGGAGUUUAGAAGCUUUCGAUGAAUUUUUGGCGGUUUGGGUCAAAUUAGCUCAGGAUGCGCAGUCUUAUCAAAGUUUACACGAGCAUCAACAAUCGCCAUCGUUCAAUCCUGCAGGAUUCAUAGCCUUUCUGGGAGAAGCUAGUUAUCACAUCGCAGCAACCUACAUCGAUACCCGCCUGGAAAUGGCGAGGUGCUCUAGUGAUGACGACGAGGAGGCUAACAAUUUUAAAGAUUGGGUCACUUAUGAGGAUCAAUUGAUCAGCAUUGCAAUAUUGGCGCGAAUGGUUGGUCAGAGGGUAUUGGAUAAACUCCAGGUUCUAUUGCACGAACGCGCUGCGCAACUAAGAGCGUUCUUCAUGGCGGUCGCAGAUAACAGUGCCGGUUUUGCUGCCGAUUGUACGAUUAUGUAUCUCCAAGAGUCAAUCCAUUGGUUGGUCCUAAUAUCUGCUUUCGUGUUGGCCGAUGCUGGCGAAGGUGAACAACCUCUUGUUCCAGAUGCUUUAAUGAAAUUAUCGAUCUCUCAGUGCAAUCUCGGGAAAAACCACGAUCAAAUAGUGCUACUCGUAAACACAAUUUCCGGGAUUCUGGAUCUCGUAUCUUUGGAUACCUCUGCUGUUGAGACAUCACACUGCAGCCCUCGUGUAGCGGAAACAUUAUUUUGGUUCUUCGAACGAUGGGGAAAAACUUACUUACUAAUCGAUGAAUCAGAUUAUUCAUCUAUAAGCGAUAAUGUAGUACGCGCAUUUGGGAAGCCCGAGUCUCGUGGAGAAGGACAACACAUAUUGAACUAUCUGAUCGGCAAGAUUAAGGUCAAUUUUAUUCUUUGGAAUAGUGAUCCGGGUCCUUUAUCGCAGAUUGAGAGAUUGCUGAACUCUUACGGAAAAAAAACGUCGUUAAGAAAUGGCUUGUUGAAAUCAAGUAACUUUUCAGACUUGCUCACAUUCUUCACCGGGAAUCUCGAUCAUUUUCCGCAGAUUAUUCACAACUCGUUAAUUCAGACGAUAGCUAUAAUAACGUCCGGAGCUUCUGACGAAGAAUUAAGGCAUCACUAUUUUCAGAUGAUUACGGGUGCCAUUGAAAAACGGUUCUUGGCUGUAUUACAACGGCCCGACUUUGAAAACGUUUAUCAACAAGCCGACGUCAUGGCCGAAGUUCUGAAUGCCCUAGAGAUGUUUGAUGGUCUUGCGUUAGCCUCGGAUAUCGCAAACAGCGAGCUUAUCUGCUCGUUCUGUUCAAAGUAUUUUGAAUUUAUGGUGAAACUAUUGCACUACUAUCAAAAUUGUCCCGAGGUUGGGUUGCUCGUGUUACAAUUCUUCGAUUCGUUCGUAUCCUAUCAAGACCUUGGAUCGUUGUCCACAGAUCAAGCAAAGUUUGUUUAUCAGAUCAUAGCGAACUUAUUUAAAUCUUAUGCUUCGGUCAAUUUCGGAAGGAAACGACUUUUAUCUUCCGAGGAAGCCGAAGAAGAACCGUACGCCGACAUAUCGAUCAUACUGAACAUUCUUUCGGGACUUAUGGCAUCGGAGUUUCGGGAGUACCUAUAUGAUGACGCACAAGAGAACAAGACAGCAACCGAAUUCGACAUUCCUAGUGUCGUUCUUUAUGGUGUCGAUUUCAUAAUACCCACAAUCAACACAAACAUGUUCAAGAUUCCCAAAUUGUGCAAAGAAUAUAUGAGAUUUGUUUCAUAUCUGGUGGAGUUUUAUCCCGACAAAUUGGAAGGACUCUCCGCGGACUCUCAAAGAAAUCUGUAUGCUUCAUUGGAACUUUUGCAUAUUAUAUUGGAAUGUUUUUUGUUCAAGGAUUUCGAAGCUGAUCUGUUGGAACCAGCGUCGGCAGCAUUGGUCGCAUUAAUAUGCGCCAGAAGGGAAUCUUACAAUACUCUUGUGCAAACUCUAAUAUCACAACAAACAUCACCCGAAAUCCAGAAUCGACUUCACGACGCGUUUUCCAUACUAUCGGGGGCGAUCCCGCAGACACUUCCCGAAGUGAUAAUUCGGCGGAGAGAAGUUUCCGGGUUUCGAGAGGUCUUGUUUAGAUUCUUAAUGGAUGUAAGAGGAUUUUUACGAGUGAAAUGA